CCCCGGAGUGACAUCCACGCGCGCCUCGCCGCGAGCAGCAGGGCUGAGGCUCUGAUUCCGGGGGAGGCCGACUCCGCCCCGGCCGGAGGAGCUGGGUGUCCCAGCCCUCUCUCCCCUCGCGCCGGAACAUCAGUGUCAGGUUUUCUGAAACUUGAUUCUUUCUACUUGUCAAUACCAGGACUCACUUGGUUGUCCUAAGUGCAGAAACAACGCUUCAGAAAAAGAGCAUUAGAAAUCAAAUGCUGAAACAUGGCAUUUAAAAAGGCAGUGAAAGGGACUAUUCUAGCUGGAGGAGGUGCUCUUGCAACUGUUCUAGGUCUUUCUCAGUUCGCUCAUUACAGAAGGAAACAAAUGAGCCUGGCCUAUGUCGAAGCAGCAGAGUUCAUUUCAGAACCUGUUAACAGAGAGCCUCCUUCCAGAGAAGCUCAGCUGUUGACUUUGCAAAACACGUCUGAAUUCGAUGUCCUUGUUAUUGGAGGAGGAGCAACAGGAUGCGGCUGUGCACUAGAUGCUGUCACCAGAGGACUAAAAACAGCCCUUGUAGAAAGAGAUGAUUUCUCAUCAGGGACCAGCAGCAGAAGCACUAAAUUGAUCCAUGGUGGUGUGAGAUAUCUUCAGAAGGCUAUCAUGAAGUUGGAUAUUGAGCAGUAUAGGAUGGUGAAAGAAGCCCUUCACGAGCGUGCCAACCUACUAGAAAUUGCUCCCCAUUUAUCAGCUCCGUUGCCUAUAAUGCUUCCAAUUUAUAAGUGGUGGCAGUUACCUUACUACUGGGUGGGAAUCAAGCUGUAUGAUUUAGUAGCAGGAAGUAAUUGUCUGAAAAGCAGUUAUGUCCUCAGCAAAUCAAGAGCCCUGGAACAUUUCCCAAUGCUCCAGAAGGACAAACUGGUAGGAGCAAUUGUCUACUAUGAUGGACAGCACAACGAUGCACGGAUGAACCUUGCCAUUGCUCUCACUGCUGCCAGGUAUGGGGCUGCCACAGCUAAUUACAUGGAGGUCAUGAGCUUGCUGAAAAAGAAAGACGUGAGCGGCGCACGGUGCAAGGAUGUACUCACAGGGCAGGAAUUUGAUGUGAGAGCCAAAUGUGUUAUCAAUGCCACGGGACCUUUCACAGACACUGUGCGCAAAAUGGAUGAUAAGUGCGCCACAGCUAUCUGCCAGCCGAGUGCUGGUGUCCACAUUGUGAUGCCUGGUUAUUACAGCCCAGAAAGUAUGGGACUUCUUGACCCAGCUACCAGUGAUGGGCGAGUUAUUUUCUUCUUACCCUGGCAAAAAAUGACUAUAGCCGGUACUACUGACACUCCAACUGAUAUCACACAGCAUCCUAUUCCUUCGGAAGAAGAUAUCAACUUCAUUUUGAAUGAAGUGCGUAACUACCUGAGUUGUGAUGUUGAAGUGAGAAGAGGGGAUGUCCUGGCAGCAUGGAGUGGUAUUCGUCCCCUUGUUACAGAUCCCAAAUCUGCAGAUACUCAGUCCAUCUCCCGAAAUCAUGUUGUGGAUAUCAGUGAGAGCGGCCUUAUUACUAUAGCAGGUGGAAAGUGGACAACCUAUCGCUCUAUGGCAGAAGACACCAUAGAUGCUGCUAUCAAGUCUCAUAAUUUGAAAGCAGGACCAAGUAGAACAGUUGGGCUUUUCCUUCAAGGGGGCAAAGAUUGGAGCCCCACACUCUACAUUAGGCUUGUACAGGAUUAUGGACUUGAAAGUGAGGUGGCACAGCAUCUUGCCGCCACCUAUGGUGACAAGGCUUUUGAGGUGGCCAAAAUGGCAAGUGUGACUGGAAAAAGGUGGCCCAUUGUUGGAGUGCGUCUUGUGUCAGAAUUUCCAUACAUUGAAGCAGAGGUGAAAUAUGGGAUUAAGGAGUACGCCUGCACUGCGGUGGAUAUGAUUUCUCGUCGCACUCGCCUGGCCUUUCUAAAUGUCCAGGCAGCAGAGGAAGCCCUACCUAGGAUUGUUGAACUGAUGGGCAGAGAACUGAAUUGGGAUGAUAAUAAAAAAGAGGAAGAACUUGAAACAGCCAAGAAGUUCCUAUAUUAUGAAAUGGGCUAUAAAUCUCGAUCGGAGCAGUUAACAGAUCGCUCUGAAAUUAGCCUACUGCCUUCAGACAUCGACAGGUACAAGAAGAGAUUUCAUAAGUUUGAUGCAGACCAAAAGGGCUUUAUUACCAUUGUUGAUGUUCAGCGUGUGUUAGAGAGUAUCGGUGUUCAAAUGGAUGAAUAUACACUACAUGAAAUUCUGAAUGAGGUAGAUUUGAACAAAAAUGGACAAGUUGAACUCAAUGAAUUUUUGCAGCUGAUGAGUGCUAUUCAAAAAGGAAGGGUGUCUGGAAGCCGGCUGGCAAUACUAAUGAAAACGGCAGAAGAGAACCUGGACAGAAGAGUUCCCAUUCCCGUGGACCGAAGUUGUGGAGGAUUGUGAGUGCGAGCAGUAAAUCCUCAGCCAGCAAACAUAGGAACAACAAAUCAUCACGUAACAGCAGAGAUGACUUACCACACUCCAAAAUAGUGGAUAUGGAUAGCUGCUUUUUUUAACACUGGGAAGCAUUCCAAAGCUUUAGGAUGUUGAUUUAUACCCUUUAUUUGUAUUUGCCAUUCAAUCUAGCUUCUAAAAAGUGUAUUUUAUGUUUUUUCUCAUUUUUGAUGCGCCCUGACCAAAUGUUUUGUAUCCAUCUUGUGAUUUGUUAGACUGGACCUGCUCCCUUUUUGUGUGUUUAUUCACUUAUUCUAAUUCCGUUGUUGAGGCAGAAUAUUUGGGCUGAAAUCUAUAAAAGAAGCUGGAAAAAUUUAGUGACAUACACAAAGCUCUGGACAUGAAGCUUGCAGGUAGUAUUUGUUCUUAAAGGAAAUUGAACGGGGAGCGACGUAUUAAAACGAUAGUUUCUGGAGACCUCUCAGCCCCUUCUUCCUCUAGCUUCUCUCCCUUCUUCAUCUAAAUAGUAUUGUACAAUUUUAUAUCUAGAGCAUGAUUGACAAAAGUGGAGAGGGAAGAAAAAAUUUAGAUCUGGUUACAGGAGCAAGUCUCAAAGAGAAACUCUAAAAGCUUCUAGAAUCACAGGUAUAAGAUAAGGAUAGCAUUGACAUUUGCUGGGCGUUACAGUGAUAGUUUCAUCUCAGAAAUUCCUUUUUUUCCCCCAGUCACUGCUGGUUUUUCUUUGACUAUUAUAGUUGCCAGGAAGAUUCUUGCUUUUCUUACUUUAAAACCAGUAUUUCAGUAGUAAGUUGGAUGUAAUGGGAUGAGACUAAAUUUCUCAAAUUUUUACAGUAGUAAUAGAUUUAAGGGUUAAAAACCUAUGCUUAUAUAUCUACAUAUGAUAGCACAAUUUUCAAUACCCAAAUCCUAAAUCUUAGGGUAUGUGAUAUUGUCAAACAUGGCCUACUUUGCUUAGUUUCUUGCAUCAUUCUGGGAGUAGUAUUUGUAAACAGAUUGUAAUAAGGAUAAGCUUUUAUUAAUAAGAAAUAGCCUUUAAGUAACUUUACUUAUAAUUAUUUGUAAAAAGGCACAACACUGCAAUAUUCAAGGUUUUUUUUUGUUGUUGUUGUUGCUUAAAUCUUCUCUCAUUCUGUACUCAGUAAGUUCUCAGUCAGCCAAAAAGAAAAAGAAAAAAAAUAAAGUAAAACCACGCACAACAUGCAUAACACAAAACAGAGACAAAUCAGUCUUUAUUGAAUUUAACAAAUAAUGUAUUGAAUUUAAAGGGCCAAUUUGGUAUGCUUUUGCAAUAUUUUGGUGGCAUUUGAGCCAAUCAUUUGAGUAUUUAUUUAUUCAUUGUGCUUUCUCUUGUGAAGUUAACUACCUACUUUUUGUUUCUUAAGAUCAGGUUGUGCAUAUUAUAGGAAAUCUAAUCCUUUAUUUAAUGUCAGGUUUUGAUUACACAGACUUAAGGUCUUAGUUUUUUAAACUGGCACAUAAAACACUUUUGUGCUAUUAUUCCUAUUUAUGUCAACAUUGUGGAAUAUCUUAAUGCCUCAUUCUAGUGGGGUAUGAGCCUGUAUGUCAUAAUAGAACAUUGGAAAUUCACUCACCUAAGCCUCCACCCUCACCUCCGAAACAAAUAGUUAAGAUAGUAUCUUAACUCAUUUUGUUUUUAGAGGAUGUUUAGACUUUGUCACUUCCUAAAAGAAAACCUAAAACAAAGCAAGUGUUGCUUCCAGGUACUACUGUGAACUUUUUCUUUCAAGGUGUGAAUUUUUUUUACACUGGCUUUUAUUUUAUUUUUUUAAAUAAUGGAAGUAUUUGGCUUUGCAAUUUAGUGUUAUCUAACAAGACAAUAAAUUUCACUGUUUAGACUCCAGGGACACUUAAUAGGUAGAACUGUCCUUUAAAACAUUGCAGAUGAUGUACCACAAUAUUCUACAUUUGUGCUCUCUCUCUCUCUCUCUUUUUUUUUUUUCCCUAGUUAGAUGAAGAUAAGGAUGACUUGUAUCCACCUUGAAUCCAUUACAGUAGGGACCUGGCUUUGUAACCUGACCGGCCUGGGCACAGCUGUAUUUGUAACACAGGCCUUGUUUGUGCACGCUUUGCCGUGAGUGAAGUUCCUUUAAGGACAACGAAAAGCACACUUUUUUUCUUUUGAGCAUAUCUGCUUUUGCUUAAAAUUUGCUAAUUCUAAAACAUUCACUCCUUCACCAAUCCCAGAGACUUGUCUUGGAAAUGAGCUGGUUCCAAGUCUUUACUGUGAAUAAAGCACCCCCGCAUUUUUGUAUAAGUUGUUAAUUAAACCUGUACUGCUUCUUUACCUGAUUUCAAAAAAGGAGAAAAGAAAUGUAGGGGUAAACUCUUUCAAAACCUCUUUCAAAAGAAUUUUUUUCAUUUUCAUAUAAAUGUGAUGUUAGAUGACUCUGUUGGGGGUGGAGGUGGGGCAUGCAGAGAUUAUCUUUUAUCAUCAAGUGAUUUCUUUCAAGCCUUUAAGGGGAUUCAGGUGAAGGAAUCCCCAUCCAUGGUGAAGAGCUGGAUGUUCCUUUAAAUAGCCCCUACGACAGUCAUAACAAUAGUGAUAAUGCUGGAUUAUUUGUUAAGCCAAGGUUGCCUGCCUCAUAUCCAUCAUGCUGUUUGUAAUAUUCUUGCUUUUAAUCAGUUUAUACUGAGUCUAACUUUAGGAUUUACGCUAUUAAAUGCAUGCUGCCUAUUCUGCUUUAGUUUCUAGCUUUUUUUUUUUCUUUUGGUCUUUUUCAAAUUUGUAGUUUACUCUUUUAUACAACAAAAAUUUCAUUCUGACUUUUACUAAACAUACUGUGAGAAUGAUCAUUGAUCUUAUUUCCUUUUUUAUGUAUUUGUAGAGAUUUCCAGUGUAUGAAUGUAAUAAUGUCGAUGUCAACAACACGAUGACUUGCACUGUUUUUACAUUAUGUCAACGCUUUUUAGGGAAUAAAAAAGCCCUAUUGUAUUUUUAAAGAAUAUCAAGUAUAACCAUAGUACUAGAGUGGAUGUACACACAGCAUGUUUUCAUAUGUGGCACUUUUAUGUAUCCUGUUGGGUUAUUGUUCUAGAUUGGACUGUUAAAUACUAUAUUUGAGGCUGGGUUGUCAUUUUUAUAACUGUCUGGGUGUUUUAUUGCCAUUAUUUAUUACUUUUGAUACACAGAAUGAGCUGCAUGCAUUUAUAGAGCAAUGAGAGAAUGUAUUUAAUGUGCCUUGUUUUUAACUGAAUAAGAACCGAAAGCAUGAAUCAAUAAAACUGAUUAAAAUGGUCUA